AUGGCAAUUAUUUCGUUAGCAUUUGGACAAUGUGGAAAUCAAGUGAUACAUUCGUUAUUUCAAUACUUACACGACGAUAUUAAAAAUCCUAUACAAGGAGACGCUUCGAAGUUUCAACAACAUAAGAAGGAUUACGAUGCACAAGCAUUACAACGAUGGUUUAAACGAAAUAAGAAGGGUCAAUUAUGUACUAGAUCAAUUCUGGUCGAUACAGAAAGUAAGGCUAUCGAUGCAUUUGUUAAUAAUAAACGGUUUUUAUAUCAAAGAUUUGUGAAAAAAAGUAUUGGUGGAGCUGCAAAUAAUUGGGCUCAUGGAUAUUGCGAUAUUGGGUCUACAAUUUCAGCCGACGUAUUAGAAAAUGUACGAAAAGAAGUUGAAUGCUGUAAUGGAUCACCAGCAUUUUUAACAAUACAAAGUUCAAGCGGAGGAACCGGCUCGGGAGUUGGAUCAUAUAUUAUGGAAGAAGUUCAUGAUGAAUAUCCAAAUAGUCCACUGAUAAACACGUUGGUGUUACCUUACGAGCAUGGUGAAUUAGUAACACAAAAUUAUAAUACAGUUUUAACAGUGAAAAAAAUUUAUGAUAUUUGUGAUGUGUGUUUGUUGUUUCAAAAUGAACAAUUGCAAAGGCUAGCUGAAAAAGUGUCAAAAACAUCUAAAGUUGAUUUUGAAGAUUUAAAUAAAAUCAUUGCACAGAAAUUGGCAAGCUUAUUUCAACCAGUUGGCGAUAAUAAAGUAUGGAAUAUUGUUGAUCAACUAGGAUCCCAUCCUGAUUAUAAAUUCUCACAAAUAAAGAGUUCUCCAUACUUGAAUAAAACGAAUUUAGGCUAUGAGGUUUCUUUAAAGUCUCCUGAAUUAAUGGCUCAUGCAAAACAAAUGUUAAGAGCUCCUUCGUCAAUGGAUUGGGAACUUAAGUACACUAGCUUAUCUGCGAAGCAAAACUAUGAUUAUGUGAAAACAGUUGCUAAUUUAUUAAUCACACGCGGUAAUUGUGACAAUGUUGAUGUGAAUACCUUAAAAGACAGUAAGUUAUAUCCAACUUGGGUUCCUCCAGAAUCUAGAUUGAAGCAUUGGCACGAAAGUAGAUCACUUAAUAAUGAACCAAUAUUUAUGACAUUGGCGACAAAUAACAGUUCCAUGCAUCGUGAUAUAGAAACGGUUUUGACUCAAGCAAUGGUUAUGUUCGAAUAUGACGCAUGUGUACAUCAGUAUGUAAAACAUGGAUUAGAAAAGGAAGCGUUAAAUGAAGCGUUUAUUAAAGUUGGAAAUAUUAUUAAAAAUUAUAAAGAUUUAGGCUCAUGUAGAUGA